AUGAAUUCUGGCAAAGAGUCUGGCAAAGACUUUGGCAAAGAUUUCAUCAUGCCCACCGAUAUGGCCUAUGCUCGUACUGGUGGUUCCCGCAGAGGAUGCCAGACUACAGUCAAUGUCUCUCAUGAUCAGCAGCCUAGAUACGAGUCUUUUGUGCUCGGCAAUGGCGAGAACAAGGUUGAUAUGGAAGUUGAUACCCGUAUUCCCAACACUUCUAUCUUCACCUUCAACAAGGAAGACCACACUCUUGGCAACAUGAUCCGCUCUCGUCUUCUCCAGAGCUCUCAUGUUCUAUUCGCUGCUUACAAGGUUCCUCACCCUCUGGUUCCCAAGUUCAUCCUUCGCGUCCAGACCGACGGCGAAAUCACCCCCAAGGAUGCUGUCAUCGCUGCCUGCCAUGAGCUUGUCAGAGAUCUGGGAAUUCUCUCCCGCGAAUUCACCAAAGAGUAUGAGUUGCGCAAGAUGGUGGGCGCCAACCAGCAGCAGGGUGGCAAUGCCGACGGAGUCUAG